CGUUGCGUUUCUCCACUAAGCCAUGUGUUUAGUGAGGUUCUGGACAGCCCCUUACACGUGAGCUAAUAUAGGGGUUUAUAUUUGGGCUAAAAUCGGUCAUUUUAACAUUUUUCCUGAUUAAACAGGGACUUUACGUGACUUUUAUUUUGCCUGGUUUUCCGGGGUGCUGGUCAGACGGGAGCACCGCGUGGUCAGUGGGUGAUAAACGGGCCUUGUUUUGGUUUUUGUUGUGGUUUUCUCGUGAAAAUGGUCCGUAAGCUGAAGUUUCAUGAGCAGAAGCUCCUGAAGAAAGUCGACUUCAUUAACUGGGAGGUGGACAACAAUCUGCACGAGGUGAAAAUCCUGAGGAAAUACCACAUCGAGAAGAGAGAGGACUACACUAAGUACAACAAGCUGAGUCGCAACAUCAGAGAUGUAGCCCGGAAAAUACGCGACCUGGAUGAGAAGGAUGGGUUCAGAGCUCAAAGCACCUCCCAGCUACUGGAGAAACUCUACAGUGUUGGCUUGAUCCCCACCAAACAGAACCUGUCUCUCGCAGAUAAAGUCACCGCGUCCUCUUUCUGUAGGAGGCGGCUGCCCUCUGUCAUGUUGAAGCUGCGUAUGGCUCAGAACUUGAAGACCGCCAUCACUUUCAUUGAGCAAGGGCAUAUUCGUGUUGGACCCGACAUCGUCACAGAUCCUGCUUUUCUUGUCACAAGGAAUAUGGAGGAUUUUGUGACCUGGGUGGACUCCUCCAAGAUCAAACAGCAUGUCAUGAAUUACAAUGAGGAGCGCGACGAUUUUGAUCUUGUGGUUUAAAGCUGUCGGAUCUGGAGUCGUCCAUCCUGAGAGCCGAAGGAGAGUUCAGGGGCCGCUCUGGAUCUACGCUCAGCAGAAUGAUGCGGAAGAAAGGCAGAUGCAGUGUGGACGGUCACGAACGUGACUCUAUCCCCACCUUACAAACCUCUGUGAUGGCAAAUUGCGUGACUGCGUUGCUUCGUGAGAUAAAAGUAUCUCGCAUGUUUAAUAUCCACUUCCACUGAGAAGAGUCAUUCUGGUAGAUCUUCGUUUGUCAGGGACUUGCUUUGUAACAGAAAGUGUAGAGCUGGUGAAGAAUCUUCACUUUCACGCCGUGUAUUUCAUCUUUUUAAUACUCCAGCAUCUUAGCUGCUGGUUUGCCAGCAGUCCAGCUGGAGGAGUAACUAGAAAGAAGUAAUAAAGCUGAAAAAAUAAAAAAGAAACGCA